AACCACUUUGUCGUUAGACUCGCUCAAACGUUGUGAUUGACGAGAUCUUUGUGUCAGCUGUGAGGUCGUUCUCAAGGGAGUCCCAACACGGAACAACUCUAUUUUGGGGUUCGAAUGGAGAACAACGCGGUUAGGGAUCUGUUCCCUCUUUUCGUCAUCCUAUCAUUGCUUCUGUUUGCGGCGUUAGGAUGGUGUAUCUUAUCCUCGUGCAUGGGCAGGUCUCUUCGCGAGUUUCUGUCUGACCUUUGGGACUCUCUUGUCCUCAGUGCGCAGUCAGGGAGCACGCCACAACAGCAAUGGCGUCGUAGACGCAACUGGGACGAUGUUGACUAUGAGAUGGAGUACAGAGGUCGUGGAAGAGCGGGAUGAGUGACAUAUGUUCUCACUGAAUCCCACAUGGCAUGCGGUUCAAAGAAGUGCUGCCGUGUGCAUUUUGUUACUUUGGAAUGAAUGCACGAUGACCCGCCUGAUACCCAAUGCGAUUGCGUUGUAGAUGUUGUAUCUCCUCGGAUGUGGUUUUAUCGUGGGAUCGUUCAUGAAAGAUGUGGGCCCUUGAUGGUACUCUGGUUGCCAGUUGAGUGUCGUGGAAGGUAAUCAAGUCGGCACAUAAGU